GUUUAACGUAUAUUCCCAGUGGACAUGACUUUGCGAGGUCCACUUUUCAACCUAAAAAAAAUGUUUUAUGAGCAUUUUCCUUUCUUUUAAAAAAAUACCGAACACACACACACCUCUGAAUUUUCUCCAAUUUAUAUAGACUCUCUCGUUUCUUUCACCCAAAAAUAAUAAUAAUCCUAACGCCUUGUUCCGUAAUUAAUGAUCUCAUUGAUUAGUGUUAUAAAUAUAUAAAGAUCGGUUCCUUCUCCACUACUUGUAAGAUCGAUUACUGGAGAAAAAAAGAAGAUGGGGAGAUUGUUCUUGGUGGAUUUGGAAGGCAAGUCUUACUGUUGUCGUCACUGCAAAACUGAUAUUGCUCUCUGCGAUGAUGUCGUCUCUAAGUCUUUUCAAUCACGGCAUGGGAAAGCUUACCUCUUCAGUAAGGUUGGUGGAUUUUUGUGUGUGGACAGAGCGAAUGUGUAUGCUGGGAAGAAGGAAGAUAGGAUGAUGAUGACAGGGUUGCACACCGUCGUUGAUAUUUACUGUGUCAAAUGUGGCUCUGAUGUUGGAUGGAGAUAUGAGUUUGCUUUUGAGAAGAAUCAAAAGUACAAGGAAGGCAAAUCUGUUCUAGAAAGGUACAAGGUUUGGGGCCCGGAUGGGAACAAUUACUGGAUAGCUCAAGAAGAUGAAGCUGGUGAAAGUGAUAGUGAUGAUUGAUUUUUGAUUAAUGCUUUCAUCUCAAAUAAUUUUGUACAUUCCCUCCUCCUCUUUCAUCUUUUCUAUCAUUCUUUUCAAUGUCUUUUUCUCAUUUUCUGAACCACCAUACAUCUUCUAUUAGGACACGUUCAGAGAUCAAUUGUUUGUGUUGCAACUACUUGUGGAACACAUACAAUUAGAGAAAUCUCAUUAUCUUAUUAAUCAAAGCUUUUACGGUUGUUUCUAAAGUUCUUUACCACAUGAACAGCAGUGUAAGUUUCUGUUUAGGAUCAAAAGUUACAAAAAAAAGUGAUUUGAAUUCAG